UAAGUUUAAUUUACUUUUUUAAAAUUGGAUUCUAGUGUGUAAGUUUGUGUAAUACACAUAGAGUUAAAUUAUUUGUUAAAUCAAAAUUUGCGUGUUCUAUGUAACUAAAUUGAAAUGAAAUAACAUUUUAUUUCAAAACAGCUAUUUUAUGGGAAUCAUUCGUGAAACGAUAAGUAGGUGACAAAGGGCAAAAUGACGGUGGAGAAGAGUAAAGGCACAGAGAAGAUGCUGCCGCCGGCGACGCGGAAGGUCGCACCGGACGGUGGCUGGGCUUGGAUGGUGUGCUUAGGAGUGAGCUUAGUUAAUUUUUCAACACGUUCCCUCGAACCGUCCUUUGGUCUCCUCUUCAAUGACCUGUUAGAAGACCUGAAGGUUCAUACAACUGGUGCUGCAGUCAUCGCUAGCACACUCGACUCCGUAGUGAAUUUCUCCGGAUUCUUCGUGGGCCCCGUUAUAAAGACCUUUUCGUAUAGGAAGGUAUGCUUCGUCGGGUCCACGAUAUGUGCUCUUGGUCUUCUCUUCACCGCGCCUGCGAACAGUAUGGCCCAUUUAUUGGCCACGUACAGUAUAUUAGGAGGGUUUGGAGUGGGUCUGGCAUCUUCAUCGUCCUUCGUAUCGCUCAACCACUACUUCUCAAAGAAACGUGGGCAGGCCGUCGGUCUGUCCAUGGCUGGGACGGGCUUUGGCCUGAUGGUCAUGCCACAGCUAGUCAAAAUACUGCUAGGAGAGUACGGGUUUAGAUGGACGGUGGUGAUCUUGGGAGGUAUGGCGUUCCAUGCUGUUUUGGGAUCGUGUUUAUUGCAGCCUGUUAAGAGGCAUCUUAUUGACGAGCCGGUAGACUGUGAGAUGCAACUUGUAAAGGAAAUGGAGUGCAUACACGAGAGUGAUGAGGAAGCCGAUGAUAAAUUCGAGAUAAACCCCCUCGUGACACGAGGCGUGCUGCCGAAACUCACCAAACAGCGCUCCCACGGCAACGUGAAUCACCCAUCCGUGAGAACGGUCGGUCUUCCAAGGGCGAAAACCUGCGACAAACCACUGCAGGAGUUCGAAAUAAAUGCCAAGUUGGGUACAGGGUUGACAACCGCUGCGUCCGUUGGCGCGAUGCAGAGGGUGACCUCUAGCGGCAGUAUGAGCGAAGAGGCUAGAAAGAGAAAAGUAUCUGUGAUAUCGAAUAUAUCUAAUAUGGACUUCACCGGGAGUUAUUUUCAGCUGUACCUUGAUACAGCAGAAGACGAUGCGUUACAAAUGAAGGCUUUCAAAAAAGCUCAGCCCGCUCAAGAACAAAAAAAGCUAGGCUUCUUUAAAAAGUUCAUCAGCCUUAUGGAUUUAGAUCUCCUGAAAGAUUGGUCAUUUUUGAACCUUUUACUUGGCCUUUCACUAUUUUGGAGCGGCGAGUUACAGUUUAGGAUGUUGACGCCCUUCUUCAUAAGGAACCUAGGAUACAAUAUGAAUGACACGGCGUUUUGUUUGUCGAUUACCGCCAUAUCUGAUAUAGGCGUGCGGUUAGUAUUACCGCCGAUAUUCGACAGAACGAAUAUAACUAAGAAGAUGAUAUUCUUUGUGUCAAGUUUCUUCUUAGCCGCGACUAGAUCGGUACUAGCCGAACAGACAGAAUGGAUACCACUUAUGAUUUGGCUCUCAAUAUGCGGGUUCUUCCGAGGCAUGUGUCUCAGUAACUUCACUCUAACCAUAUCUGAAUACUGUCCGUUGGAGAAACUGCCCGCAGCCUUCGGUCUGCACAUGGUUAGCAAGGGAGUUCUAGUUGUGAUUAUCGGUCCAAUUAUUGGUUACGUAAGAGACUACACCGGUAGCUUUGCUACUUGUAUACACGUACAAAACGCCCUUAUCAUGUCAUGCGUACUAGUUUGGGGCAUAGAAUACGCCCUGGCGUUUACAAGACGACGUAAAGUGGUACAAAUAUAGUACAUACUAUACUUAGUGCAAUGUUGUACAUUAAGGGUUGCUGUGACGGCAAUAAUAGAAAAACAUCUCAAAAGACAUUCGAAAUGUUUUGUUUGUACUUUAAUUUGGCAUAUCGUAAUAUAGUCCGCGUCACCAAAGUUGAAAGCCCUUUUCUUAUACAACGGUUUACAUAGUGACUUAUACGUAACAAAAGCCCUAAAAAUGCUGAUAACUGCGCGAAUUUAAGGUGCACGGUAUAUGAUGCUCCAGUGCAGGUUCAACUGUCGUGGCGGAAACUGUAUAUGUAACAUUAAGGUUAUAUCCCGUGAAAGUUUAGUUUGCUAUCUUGUUAUAUUCGAAUUUAUAAUGCUCUUUGUUAAUGCAAACGAAAUGACAGUUAAACUACUCGAGUAGUAUUUUAUACAUUUACAAAGGUGUUUACUGAUUUCUAAUUAAUAUUAUUUAUACUACUAAACGCUCUUAACUCAGUGAAAUUGUACAUCAAUUUUAAAUACCAGCUCUUCAUUCAGCCACCAAAUUAUA